CUCUGAAACCAGCUCUGAGGCUCCCUCUGCUCCAAUAGACAGGAGCGACUUUGGGCUGUAUAACCGUCAAAUUCUUACCUCGCCCUUUCAUUGCUAGCAGGAUCAGAUUACAUUUCUUUCACUAUUCUCCACUCCCCAGUUUCUUGAUCUGUUUAAAAGAAGAAGUAGAAAAGAUAAAUCCUCUCUUCAAUGCCUGAAAGGGAAAACAACAUAGCCUCAACUCCACUUUGAAAAAAUCUUUCCAAGAACUUUCUUCAGAGAUUUUACUCCUAUAACAUCUUGCUGAACUUAUAUUCUGAGAACACAUCUUGACCUAAAAGGAUAAAAUUGACACUGCAGAUUAGCAUUAAAGUGCAUGGAAAAGGAUGAUUUAUACAAUGAAGAAAGAACAGAUUUUUUGGGUGUCUGUGUGUCUGCUGCUUAAUUGUGCCUCUGCCCCUCUUAGUGCUGUUCUUGAAGCUGAAGAAUAUACAGAUAUUACAGAUGUUGAGUUGCCACCACUGAAACUUUUACAUUCAUUUUGUGCUUUGAAAGCGGAUAAUGGCCCAUGCAGAGCAAUGAUUACGCAAUUUUUUUUCAACAUUCACACUCAACAGUGUGAAGAAUUUAUGUAUGGGGGAUGUGAAGGAAAUCAGAACCGAUUUGGAAGUAUGGAAGAGUGUGAAGAAAAAUGUAUAAAAGCUUAUCCAAAGACUAAGACAGAGGCAACAUUAGAAAAAGAAAAGCCAGAUUACUGCUUUUUGGACGAAGACGGUGGACUCUGUCGAGGUUAUAUGACUAGGUAUUUUUAUAACAAUCAGUCAAAGAAAUGUGAAGAUUUCAAGUACGGUGGGUGUCUUGGCAAUCAAAACAACUUUGAAUCACUGGAACAAUGCAAGAACACCUGUGAGGAUUCAGAGAAUGAUCUUCAGGUGGAAGAAACUGUGACUAAUACAGUACUGCCUGAGUCUACGGAUAGUAUGGUACCGCUUAGUUCUGUGAAUAGUAUGACACCGCUUGAUUUUACGAAUAGUGUAUCCUCGCUUGAUUCUGUGAAUAAUGACUCCGUCACUCCCCAGCCUACCAAGGUUCCCAGCUUUUUGGAAUUUUACGGUCCUUACUGGUGUCUGACUCCAGCAGACAGAGGAUUGUGUCAAGCGAAUGAGAACCGAUUCUACUACAAUUCAGUCAUUGGGAAAUGUCGCCCAUUUAAGUACAGUGGAUGUGGAGGGAAUGAAAAUAACUUUACUUCUAAAAAAGCAUGUCUUAGGACUUGUAAGAAAGGUUUCAUCCAAAGGAUAUCAAAAGGAGAAUUAAUUAAAACCAAAAGAAAAAGAAAGAAGACAGUGAAAAUAGUAUAUGAAAAAAUUUUUGUUAAAAAAAUAUAAAUUUGUUACAUUAUUACAUCAGUUCUAAAUAUUUUGGAUGAAACUUUUCGCUAUAAUUUUUUUUCUUUCCUGAAAUCCUUUUAAUGAAUAUUUCCAUGAAUUUUCUAUAUACGUAUUAACCACUAUUAAUACAUUUGUAUCAGAAUUAAUUUCUUUAUCUAAUCAAAGUGCAUAUUCAAGGGGUAACGACUAUGAAUUUACUUAUUCUCAAUCCCUUUCUAUUUCCCAUUGACUACAAAUUAUAAUACUGGCCAUAUCAAAUCAGUCCAUUUUUUCAUUUGGUGAUCAUCUGUUUGAGAAUGUGUUGUCAUUUAUUUGUUUUGAUCACGUAGAUGAUGAUCUCCUUUAUAGCCUAUGCACAGAUUAAAAAAUACAGCUGUUAAAGAUGAAGCAGUUUUUGGAUUUCACAUCUAAAAUGGUGACAAGCACUUUCUUCUGUAAGGUUCACUCAAUUAUGCAUUUAACUAGAGCUGGUAAUAAUACAAUUCCAUCACAUGCUUCCCUUCCUAGACAUACUUUUUCCUCCUUUUUUAUAAACCAGUACCUCAGAUCAAUCUUGAGCCAAACCAUUAUCUGAACAAAGAGAGUCAACUCUAUCAUGUGCCUGAUUUUGAUUGAUUUAACCACUUUUUGUUUGCUUAUGACCCAUUAUAUUAGUAAAAAUGGUUGAAUAGUUGUGUGUUAAUUACAGAUCAUGGUAAGAAGCAGCUUGGUGGAAAGGGAAGUUGUUAGUGGCAAUCAAAAGGAAAUCAUUUAUGUACUUUCCAAUUUUAUUGUUUAACAAAAUUUUCCUUUUACCCAAAAUACUAAGAAUAUUUAAACCUACUGAAACCUAUUAUUUAUCAUUACACUUGCACAUAAUACAACCCAGUAAGUCAUCUUUAAGGCAGAGGAAAAAAAAGUCAUGUUAUUUCUGUAGAAGAGGAAGAUUCUACUAGAAAAUCUAUGUGCUAUUCACUCUCAGUGACCUAACCUUUCCUUGGAGUUAAUUCACUUUCUCCAGAUCAUACCUUUCCUUCUCUGCUCAGCUAUUGCAGUCUGAUAUCUCAACAGCUUCCUGGACAUUUCCAUUUCUAUAGUGUUCAUCUCUAACUUUGCCUUUAAAUUUGAACUUGUCAUCUAGAAACAACUAACCACUUCAUCCACUUAGUUUAGCUUCAUGACUUUCCUCUAGCAAUAGUAGUAGAAUUCUGCCUGUUCCUCAGCCUUGAAAGUUUGAACCCAACUUUGACUUAUUUUUCUUCAUAUACAUAUCUAAUCAGUCUCUAAACACUAUUGCUUCCUUUUUCAUAAACUUAAGCUCCAGGCUUUUUGCCUCUACUGCAUUCUUCACAUCAGUAUUGAUUUAAUUCCUAAGAAUUAAUUCCAUAUAUUUCUGUACCACUCAAAAAUCCAUCAAGGACUCACUAGUUGGUACUUAAGCCCAUCCCAUUCCCCACAUUUUUAUUUUGUUAUAUAUAUUUUUGGACUUAACUAGUGCUCUCUUUCUUGACUAUUUCACUUUAGUUAAGGGUAUACACUGUUCACUGAAUACAUCUUUAAUUACUCAGCUUAUUCAUGCUGAUUUCCUAUGUAAAAAUAUGACCUCUUCCUGACUAUACACAUGAAUUCAGGGUCCAGCUGAUGUGAGCUAUACACUAUGUUUUGAGGCUGAAUAUGAAGUCUGAAGAUACAAUUAAAAAUCAUUUUCAUCCUCUGGCACAAAAUUGUAUCAUUAUAAAAUAGUGUCAAUUUGCUCACUUAAAAAUUUUAUAUCUUGAUUUCAAAUAUAAUACUUAUACAUAAUAUAUACAUAA